UUUCUUUCGAUGAAGGAGCAUUGUUUUGAGACAAAAAUAAGUGAAAUUAAAAGUUAUUUAAAACAAUAAUUAAUUAAUAAUAAUAAUUUGACCAAUAGAAUUGAACUGAACAAUAUUCUAGAAAAUAAUACUAAUUAUCUUCAGCUAAGCUCAGUGGCUAUUAAGACUCGGCUCUAUUUUAAGGCGAUUUUUAUAUUUUUACAUAUAAUAAGCUAUUGUAGUUAUUUUAUUAAAUAAGCGUGAAUAGUGUACAAACUACAAGUCAAUUACAACUUCUCGAAUAAUUGUGAUUUUCUAUUAGUAUUUAAGUGAAAAAGUUUCCUAUUUAAAGGAUAUCGGAUUUUUUCCUUUGCCAGUCAGCACACCCAACCCCCACAAACAACCAAAAGUCGUCAUACACAUGCAUACAUACCAACACAAAAUAAACAACCUCUCCGUUGUAAUUCUAUUUGGGGUGAAGUGAAUGGACACAAACAAAAAGUCAUAAAUAAGACAACACCAUAAGGAUAAUUACCAAAAUUAAGAAACUAUUUGGCAACCAAAACCUACUUUGACAUCGAUUAAAAAAGGCCAAAGGUGAGGGCGUAAAAAAGGAGACUCACAUUUUGAUUGCCUUGUUGUGAGUGACCAAUUGCUCGUUAGAGGUCGCUAGGGGUGGUACAAGUUGAAAAAUAUAAACAAACCAAAGUACGUGAAGCAGCAGCAACGAGCAAAGCAAAGUGCCACGCAUAAAAACAAUUAGAAUUAUUUCUGCUAAACUGCAAGGUGUUUUGUUUCAUGAUAUUCUACCAACCCAGGUCAUUAGUUCAAUUGAUUAAUAUACACUAACAGCCAUGAGAAUACAUUUUCGUGAACAAUAUGGCACCAAAGGUGAAGAGAUAAUCUAUGUUACUCCGGCAGACCAAAAAACCAUCGUUCGUGUUCCGCUGAAAAGUGAUAAGCUGGUUAUACAUGAGAAAUUCUUCCUAUUUCGUUUGUUUCAACAAAUCUUUCUGCCUAAAGGUUAUCCCGACAGUGUUAGUGAUGACUAUGCCUCAUAUCAAAUUUGGGAUACUGUCCAAGCUUUCUGCAGUACAAUAUGUGGUACGCUUUGCACACAUGCCAUCCUAAAAGGUUUGGGAGUGGGAAAUGAAAACAUCAACGCCUAUUCAGCCACUGUGGCAUGGAUAUUAAAAGAAGGCAGCGGGCAUUUGGGUCGCAUUUUAUUCUCUUGGUGGAAGGGAGCUCAACUGGAUAUCGACAGCAAAAAAUGGCGUUUACGUGCAGAUUUUUUAAAUGAUCUGGCUAUGGGUAUUGAGAUAUAUGUGCUUCCAAAAUAUCCCCAUUUAAGUACACAAAUAUUGUGUGGCACCACUGUACUGAAAUCUAUCGUUGGUGUGGCUGGUGGAGCAACUAGGGCGGCCCUGACACAACAUCAUGCUGUGCGUGGCAAUUUGGCAGAUGUCAACUCAAAGGACAGUUCCCAAGAGACAUGUGUUAAUUUAGUUGCUUCAUUUGUGGGCCUAUAUUUAUUAACUAUUAUAAAAACACCGGGGGUCUUGUAUGGCGUGUUUGCAGUUGUAAUUCUGCUACAUCUUUAUGCCAAUUUAAAAGCCGUUAAAGCCAUAUGUCUGAGGACCUUCAAUGAAUCGAGAUAUUUAAUAACUUUGGAGGAAUUCUUUAGAUCAGGGCGCAUGCUAACACCACAACAAGUCAACAAACUGGAACGUGUUACUCUGGGUCAAACGGUAUCGGUGUCUUUGAACAUUCGUUUGGGCCUUUCGAUUAAACACUUGGUUGAUGAAUAUCAACAUAGUCAUAUUGUUGAUAAUAUUGUCUCCUCAUUUGAUCCUCAUGAACAUUUUAUCAUUGCCGAGAGUAAAAAAUUCCUUGGUGUUUAUUUGCACUUUAAUACAACGGCUCAGGAUGUUCUCAAGGCAUAUUUCUUUGCGGUUUCCUAUCUACAAGAUCGCAAUCAAAUCAAAGAGAAGUAUUGGGAUAUACAAAAUAAGUGGCAAGAGUUUCAUAAUAUGGCCCAGCAAGAAGGUUGGGUUACAACACAACAUUUAUUAAUGGUGGAUGAGUAUCGUCUAAAUUGGAAAGCUUAAAUAUUAGUUCUAAUAUCUUCAAGAACUGAAAGGUAUGUUAACGCCACAGAAAAGGUAACAGUCUUAUGUUCUGGUUAAUGUUUUUGUUUCAUAUUAUAAUUUUAUAUAUAUAUAGGAAAAGGUUGAGUUGUUAUUGAAAUUGGUCAAUAUGUUAAUUUGAUGGGCUUAUCACUGGGUUUUUAUAGAGUUCCUAUAUUUUGAUUGUUCCAAAUGUUGGGAUGGCAAGACCAAAUUGAUAGGUAUUUUGAAGGCUUUAACGGUAUAUCAACCUUGACAUUUUUUAAUUUCAAUAAGCAGAACACAUUCUCGAAAAAAUCACUUCACGUUUUUUAUUGGCGCGAAACAAGUCCUUUUUCUUUAUCGACAGAGCUUGAUCGUAUUCUACUCAAUACUGGUGGCCAACCGAAGGUCCACAUUUUGAGCUGACUUCUUAGGCAAGUAAACACGAUAAUUUUGUUUGUUUACAAACUGCUGAACAACGAAUUUUUUUCUCAUUGGAGACCACUAAACCUAAUUUGGCAGUUCACUACUUUCGGCCAAGCGAAGCCACUCUUUAGCUCUUUUGAGUCUAUUUUCUUUCUGUUGCGGUGUAAGUUCUUGCACUUUUUGGAAUUUCAAUGGCUUUACCCCAAGCUCAUUUUUCAAUAUUUGCCAAAUGGAAUAUUGCGAUAUGUUCAGCUCACGAGCCAUGCUUUACUUUUCGAACCAGUAACGAUAGCGAUGGUACGAGACACAAAAGAUCUAUUCACAUUUAAAGGCUGGAGUGCUCUAAGGAUAGCCACUUUUGGUUUCCCAGCCAAAUAUAAAAAAAUCACACUAUCACACUUGAAUUACAUCACGAAUAACUUUUUUUCUUGAAAAGUCUCAGCAAAAUGCAUGAAAUGUACGCUUGUAAACAAUAUAAUGAGCUGUCACUGGAAUAAUUUUAACAGCUGUCGGGCGAGUGGCUUAGAAAUGACAGCAUUCUGAAGUUGGUUGCAGUAUUUUCAUCUUUCUAAAUUUUACUUUCGUUUCCUUGAAAUUUUUUGGAUUUUAUAUUUUUUUUCUUAGCUCAAAAACAAUCUAAAUAAACAUAUCUAUUCAUCAACAGCUAAUUAGAGUUUGGUAGAUUCAUACAUUUUUUUUUGCCUUAGUAAAUUUUUUUGUUACUUUGUUUUUUUUUUAUUUCAAUUUAGAUUAGUUGUCUAUUUAUAAGCGACAUUUCUGCCUUAAAUUAUUCUUAUUCUAAUUGUAUAUUACAACUAAGCGUGUCAUUUUUAAAGCAAUUUAUCGAAAUAAUUUCGUAUAGAAUAAUGUAAUUACCAUUUAGCCCAGAAAUAAUAAUGAAUUCUUGAAUAAUCUAAGCAAUACCACAAAUGUAUAUUUAGAAUUAAUAGUAUAUAUAUCUAGUUUGUAGAUUUUGGAGGGUGAUGCUAUAUUCUAGCUCUCCAAAAACAUACAUAUGACUAAUGAACAACAAACAUGAAUCUCAUUGAAAAAAAAUUUUGGAGUAGACUUUUGAAUUAACCAAAACUAUAUAUACACUUUUAAAGAUUCCCUAUUUUAAUAUAUCCCGAAUUUACACAUACAUACACGAAUACUACUUACAUACAAAAAUUUUGAGAAAAAAAAAACAUUUUUUGAAAUAAAAAAAGAAAAAGUCAUAAAAUAUUUAGUAAUUAAACUUUAGUUCUAGUAACCCAAUAAAACAUUACAAAAACUUUAUGGAUAAUAACACCAAACAUAUUCAAAUUUUACCAUAUAUACAUACAAACAAUAAUGGCGGCAAUUGCAUUAAUAAUAAACGACAAUAAUUGUUUAAAAGUUGUAUCUUCUAGAAACAAACCAAAACCGUAUUUUUCUUAGCUAUCCAAAAUGUUUCCUUCUCCCUCUCUCUCUCAUAUCAAAUUUAAAAAGUACCUGUCAAUAUUUUAUCCUUUUCAAUAUGCCAAUGCCGAACAUCAAUUAUUGUUGGCAAAUUGUCGCCACAUGUGCUUGUAAUCAUCGGUAACUCAGUUUAGCGUUUCGCAGACAACAUAUAGAGAACAAGUAUAUUAAACAAAUAACAAAAUUCUAUUCCAUUCAUUUUGAAAGCAACGAAUCUAAAUUAAUUUUAUCUUCGCCCAUUAACCGUGUGUAUAUCAAAAGAGCUUAUUAGAUUAAUUAUAUAAAUAUUUAUGUCUGUACAUUUAUCAACAUUGCAAUAAUUACAAUUUUAACUAUGGUUCAAAAAGACAAAAAAAAACAAGAAUAACACCUAAUGUGCUUCCAGAAGUUAGUCAAAAAUCGAUAUUAAAUUCUUGCUUUGUAUUGGAAUGUGUUAGUGUAGAAUGAAAAUAAUUUCUUGUAGAAUCUCCCAUUGAGAUGAUAUGGGGUUGAGAGCCUCUCAUUUGAAAAUACUUCUUUAAUUUUAUUUUUUCUUGUAAAACUCGGGGAGAACAAAAAUAUAUCAAUGCAUUUUAUUUAAAACAUUUGAUAAAUAUUUCAUAAGCUUUGGCGGUUCCUGAGCAUUAGGUGCCCUUGCAAGACGAAAAAUGUCUCGCUUUAUAUGCUACAUUUCGAUUUAGUAUAAAAAAUAAAAUUAUGCAUCUUGGAAGGCUCUCAAAUCGGUGUCAUCUCAAGCCAGUUGUGUUCGUCAAAACUAAAAAUGUGUGUCCAUUUGUUGUAUUAUUCUUAUAAUUCAGUUUGCACAACUUCUAAUGUUAUUGUAGCCAGUCUUUAUUCAAUUUAUCAAAAAAAUAA